AUGGAGUUCGAUCCCAAGACGCCGCAAUACCUCACGUCGGACGAGAAGAGCUUUGCCUCUGUGUCAGUCUGUGAUCGGUGGCCGGUGAUUAUUACUGGUGCCAUUGAUGACCUGCACCGGACAGUCGGCGAUGUUACGGAUGCGGAGAAGCGCAAUGAGGGUAAAGAGAUCAUUGAGCAGCUGGCAAAGCUGAAAUAUGAAGUGCAGCACAACCGACAGCUGACUCCCCUUCCUGACGACGGCGAGCCCGAUAUCGAGGGAUACAACAAGGAACUGGAGCAGAGGGGAUUUCCCACUUGGCAUAACGUGCCGUGGCUCUACUCGGAGUGCUAUCUCUACAGACGGAUUAACACCCUCUUCACGCGUUCCAAGCAUUGGAAGGAUUAUGACGUCUUUGCGCGUCAGAAGAUGUCCACCUUCAAGUCUUCUCGCCCAGCGGUGCUCGAACUAGCGGGAAGAUACAAGGCGCUCGCCCUGGAGGCGGAGAAGGGCCCUGCGGGGAAGACUCCGGAGGAGAUCGAGCAGGCCGAGAGGAUACUGUUUGCAGAGAUGUGCGAGAUCUGCCUUUGGGGCAAUGCCACUGACUUGUCGCUCCUCACCAAUCUCACCUACGAGGACAUCCAGAAGCUGCAGGGUUCGGAGGCGCGCAAGGCCGCGGAGAAGAACAUCAUUGUCAACGACACGGACGCCGCCUACGACGUUCUGCGUGAUGCGCGCAAGACCAGGAAGGACAGCGAGCGGCGCGUGGACAUCGUGCUGGACAACGCCGGCUUCGAGCUCUUCGUCGAUCUCAUCCUUGCGGGUUACCUUCUGUCGGCGAAUCUCGCUACGACCGUGGUCCUGCGUCCCAAGUCCAUCCCGUGGUUCGUCUCGGACGUCAUCCCCAAGGACUUCACGGAUCUCCUCGGCGCGCUGGCCGACCCGCAAGCUUUCUACACCGCGCCCGACGACACGGGCAGGACAUACGAGCCGCUCACCGACCGGGAACUCAGCGAGAUCAAGUUCCUGCUCGACCAGUGGAGCAAAUUCCACGAGGAGGGGAAGCUGAUCCUGCGUCCUCACCGGUUCUGGACCACGCCGGGCUGCUACUGGCGGCUGCCACACGUCGCGCCCGACCUCUUCGAGGAUCUGAAGGAGAGCGAGCUCGUCCUGUUCAAGGGCGAUCUGAACUACCGAAAGCUGACCAACGAUGCCGCCUGGGACCCAACCACCCCCUUCACGACAGCCAUCGGCCCACUCGGCCUCAAAUCCGGCAUCCGCAUCCUCUCCUUCCGGACCUGCAAAGCAGACGUCGUCGUCGGCCUGCCUCCAGGCGAAGACGAGCGUCUGCGCCAGACGCCCGGCGGAGGCGGCGAUUCCGGCGCGCGCAAGUGGGCCUGGAGUGGGAAGUGGGCUGUUGUGUCUUUCUGUGAUGGGAAGGCAUGA